AACCUUGGUGGCUCGAUCUCUCUGCUAUGUGCAGCGUACGUCCAGUCCAUUCAGACAUUUGAAACGACAGCACUCGAUUCAUUCCUCCUACUCCGAUUUCUUGAAACGGUGAAGGCUUGUGCUCGCAGAUUUCGCCUCACUCUACACUUCGGUCUCUAUUUUUUCUUGAGGUUCUCAGUGUUCGUCCAAACUUCUAAAGCAAGAACCCCCAAUUUCUCCAGCUUCAGAUUUUCGGAAAGGUAAAGUCUUGCGCUUAUAUGCAUGUAAGGGAAAUUGUUUCCGGUUAGAGGCAGAGCAAAUCCAUACAUGUUGAUCAAGUUUCCGGAAAUCGUUAGGCUGCAAUUUCCACCGAAGCUGCUCUUAUCCUGGCGCAAACAUGUCCGUUGAAUGGAUCCGACAAUGCGCACGCAGCCAGGUUCUUAGAAGACAGCAUCUAUAUACUAAUACCAUGCACACUCUCAUCGAAAGUGCAUCAUUCCGUUUGCUAGGAUUCCUCGGAUAAGGUUCGAUACCAGCAGAUGUCGAUGCUUCCAAUAGAAGCUAAUGUCUAUGCCCAAGUAAUUGACAUUUACGCUCGUGAUCGAGCUCUGCACUCAGGCAAGAAACUUCAUGCACACCUAGUCAUCAACGGUUUCGCUCGUUCUACAGUCAUUGCAUCAAAGCUCAUAGCGUUGUACACCGAGUGCGGGACACCGUCCCUUGCACGCAAGUUGUUCGAAAAAAUUCCGGCAACCAACGUUCGACGUUGGAUCGCUCUUAUUGGAACCUUUGCUCGCUGUGGCUUCCAUAAGGAGGCCCUGAGCGUGUUCUCUGAAAUGCAAACGGAAGGGCUGAAACCCAACGUAUUCGUGAUACCUAGCGUUCUCAAAGCUUGCGGGCACCUGUGUGAUCUCAAGACCGGAGAGAAAAUACAUGGCGUGAUUUUGAAAUGUUCGUUCGAGCUCGAUGCUUUCGUAAGUACUGCUUUGAUUGAUAUGUAUUCAAAAUGCGCCAGAGUUGAAGAAGCGCGGAAAAUGUUCGACGGGAUGUUAGAGAAAGAUUUAGUGGCUCUGAAUGCUACUGUAUCUGGCUACGCACAACAAGGGCUUGCGAAGGAAGCACUGAUUUUGGUGGAAAGCAUGAGAAUGUUGGGUAUGAAGCCAAAUGUGAUAACUUGGAAUACAUUGAUCGCUGGAUUUGCAAAAGAAGGCGACCAAGCAAAGGUGUCGGGGCUUUUCAGAAUGAUGACCGCUAAUGGUUUUGAGCCUGAUGUGAUAACAUGGACCUCUUUAAUAUCUGGCUUUGUGCAGAAUUUUCGACAUGAGGAGGCGUUUCAUACGUUUAAACAGAUGGUGGACCUUGGACUCUGCCCAACUUCGGCUACUAUUAGCAUUCUUCUACCUGCAUGUGCUACUGCGGCGAAAGUGAGACGUGGAAAGGAGCUUCACAGCUACGCGCUUGUGAUUGGUGUAGGAGAAGAUAUAUAUGUAAGGAGUGCACUUGUUGAUAUGUAUGCAAAAUGUGGGUUCAUAUAUGAGGCAAAGACCAUAUUUCAUCAUAUGCAUGUGAAGAACACGGUUACGUUGAACUCAAUGAUUUUUGGUUAUGCAAAUCAUGGGUACUGUGAUAAGGCCAUCGAGUUGUUCAGAGAAGCAGAAGGCGGAGGCAAGCUUGAUCAUCUAACUUUCACAUCAGCUCUGACUGCGUGCUGCCACGCGGGAGAUAUUGAACUCGGGCAGAGUUUGUUCAAGACCAUGCAAGAAAAAUACAAGAUUGAUCCACGGCUUGAGCAUUAUGCAUGCAUGGUAGAUCUUCUAGGUCGAGCAGGACAACUUGAUGAAGCGUAUGCUAUGAUCAAGACAAUGCCCACUGAACCUGAUUUAUUUGUGUGGGGUGCCCUACUGGCAGCUUGUAGGAAUCAUGGACACGAGAAUCUGGCAGAAGUGGCAGCCAAGCAUUUGCUGGAAUUAGAGCCUGAGAGUGCUGGGAAUCGUCUUCUAUUAUCAAGCUUAUACGCUGAUGCUGGUGAAUGGGGAAAGGUUGAGAGGGUGAAGAAAAUGUUGAGGAGAAGGAAAUCGAUAAAAUUCACGGGCUGCAGUUGGAUAAAUAGUGUGUAAACAAUCAUAGAUGAGUUAUACAACCAAAAAACAAAACAAAACAAUGAUGAUUAGGGUUUAUUUCCUUGAAGACAAAACCAAGAAAGGAUUCGUGAAAAGCAGAGAGUAUUUGAUUCCGUUGUGUGUCAAGCCAUCAGCAACUGAUUCGCCUCACGAGAUACAUGUUGUGGUUGUAUCUUCCAUCGACGCUGAAGCAACUGUAUAAUAUACAUCUGAAUUGAAGAACCCUUCGUAGUUGACAGCACCUCAAUCGUGGCCUUAAUAUCUUCCAACAAUUGUCCACAAUCAGAUUCAACGUGAGCCCUCAUAAGAGAGACCAUUCCUCAGCUUCGUAAGCAUUACUGCGGGUAUUAAACGCAAUGAAGUCGAUGCUUAAGCUCAUCACUGCAGCGUCUGGACUCUGGACACUCCGGUUUUCGGAAAUCAGUGUUGAAGCUAAUUCAAAAAUGUUGGAUUGGUCCCAAUCAUUUUUUUGGCUCAGUGGGCUUGCGGCCUAUAGGCCUAGCCCCAUUGGCUGCUUCUCCUGAUUUUGAUAAACUAUCAAUGUCGCCAUGAUAAUUACACAAUAAAAUGUAUUACUUCUAUUAUGUUCUCUCCAUCGGUAUGUUAUUCGACAUCAGUGUCAACCUAUUUCCCUCUCA